GCAUGCACGAUAAACGUUUGUGUGCGAAAGGAGAAAAGCUAGUGGUGCCAACCUGAAUUUUAAAAGUAUUGGAGUUACAGCACUCAACCACAUACAGCGGAGCGUAGAGAGGUCGUCCCUCCUAAGGUAACCAUGGCAAUGACGGGCCAAAGCUCCUGCUCCUCAAUGAGUAACCAUACUAAGGAGCGUGUGACCAUGGCCAAAGUGACUUUGGAGAAUUUCUACAGCAACCUCAUUGCCCAGCAUGAGGAGAGAGAGAUGAGGCAGCAAAAGUUGGAGAAGGUGAUGGACCAAGAGGGCUUGGCUGAUGAGGAGAAACGCAUCCGCCGCUCCCAGCACGCCAGGAAAGAGACAGAGUUCCUGCGUCUCAAAAGAACCCGCCUAGGGCUGGAGGACUUUGAGUCCCUCAAGGUGAUUGGUCGAGGAGCUUUUGGAGAGGUGCGUCUGGUACAGAAGAAAGACACCGGUCAUGUGUAUGCAAUGAAGAUCCUACGCAAGGCUGACAUGUUGGAGAAGGAACAGGUGGGCCACAUCCGUGCAGAGAGAGACAUCUUGGUGGAGGCAGACAGCCUGUGGGUGGUCAAGAUGUUCUACAGCUUCCAGGACAAGAUGAACCUCUAUCUCAUAAUGGAGUUCCUGCCUGGUGGUGACAUGAUGACCCUGCUGAUGAAGAAGGAUACUCUGACUGAGGAGGCCACUCAGUUCUACAUUGCUGAGACAGUGAUAGCCAUCGACUCGAUCCACCAACUGGGCUUUAUCCAUAGAGACAUUAAACCUGACAACCUGCUACUUGACUCCAGGGGUCAUGUUAAGCUGUCAGAUUUUGGUCUAUGCACGGGUCUGAAGAGAGCCCAUCGUACCGAGUUCUACAAGAACCUCAACCACAGUCUCCCAAGUGACUUCAGUAAGCAAACAUUCAACAACAUGAACUCAAAGAGGAAAGCAGAGACAUGGAAGAAGAAUCGGAGACAGUUGGCCUUCUCUACUGUGGGCACGCCUGACUACAUCGCCCCUGAAGUGUUCAUGCAGAACGGAUACAACAAGCUCUGCGAUUGGUGGAGUCUUGGAGUCAUCAUGUAUGAGAUGCUGAUUGGCUAUCCCCCAUUCUGCUCCGAGACACCCCAAGAGACCUACAGAAAGGUAAUGAACUGGCGGGAAACACUGAUCUUUCCCCCAGAAGUGCCCAUCUCUGAGAAAGCCAAGGACCUCAUCCUCAAGUUCUGCUGUGAAGAGGAGCAUCGGGUCGGAGCCACCGGGGUGGAAAGCAUCAAGAGUAAUGCCUUCUUUGAAGGGGUGGACUACGACCACAUUAGAGAGAGGCCCGCUGCUAUUCCUAUUGAGAUCAAAAGCAUUGAUGACACAUCUAACUUUGAUGAGUUCCCAGACUCUGAUAUCCUCCAGCCAGUGGCUACCCCUGUUGUGUCCAACCAUUCUGAGGCAGACCUGAAGAACAAGGACUGGGUAUUCAUCAAUUACACCUACAAGCGCUUCGAAGGCCUCACAGCCCGAGGGGCCAUCCCAUCCUACAUGAAGACUGGAAAGAGAUGAAGCAUUUUUCCUUCCUGUUCACUCAUUUACGCUACUGGCGUUCAAAAGGAAUACACCAUGAACCCUAAUGACCACUGCUCUAGCUGCAGGAUUAAAAUUUGUUAUAAACGAAAUUAGCAUUUGGGCUUUGGAGAUGGGGGACUAUCCUGUGUUUCUUAUUCUGCUGAAAGAACUGGCUAUUUUCCUUUGCAGGAGUCUUGUUCAAGGGCUGUUUACUGUGGCCUACUCUAACUUAAGUCUCUGUCAGUUGAAAAAAAGUGUGGGAUCCACCAAAGAAAAAUCUUGUCAUUGUUGAUCUCGCUUUGGUUUCGGGACCGCCUCAUGGAUCUCCACUAGCGUCAGUCCAACUUAAAGACUUCUGUUUCACUUUUCCACAGUACUGAACUGACACCUGUUACCCUAGAGGCCAGAGACCAUUCUCACCUGCGGACCAUACUAAACCAGCAUCCUUCACUUUCUCUAUAAACAAUCUCCAAAGUCUUACCUGGGUGACCAGUAAGGGACUGGAAUCCAAUAUGCCUCACUUUUCUGUAAAGGGCUAGCUUUUUUUUCUUUUUUAUGAAAGAGGGAGUGGCUUAGCAUACACAGUAGAUAUCUUUAUAUUUGAGUUUGACCAUUUAAAUUUUUUGAAAUUGAGUUAUUGGAUGUGAACUAAUUAUCAGGGAUAAUGUGAAUGUUUUUAAAGAGCUCUCUACUAAAGCACCUUGAAUGAUAGUGCUUCCGACAGGCUGCUUGUUACAACAAGGCAACUCUAAACCAAAGACAUUGAGAGCUGAGUGUAGCCUCUUUUUAAAAACAAUUGUCUUAUUGUCUAGGCUUUCAAUGUAUGGUAAUUGCUUUGUUUUAAGUUCUUCACUACCAUCAGUGAUAGAGCUGUUUUAUACAUGGAUCUAUGCAAGUUUUAGAAAUACAAACACCUCUGAAAUGUUUCCAUUUGAAAAUGGAAAAACCUUUCCCAGAAGCCCAUGUUUUAGAUUUGUUCUUCGUUUGACAGUCAGCCUCUGUUAUUAGUAGCACUGUCAUGCUGUCCUUAGUUUUCUAUUUCUCUGAUAAUACUCUGUUGGACUUCAGGUUUGAUAAAUAUAUGUGUAUAUAUAUGUAUGUUUGUCCUUAGCUAGAGAGCAAACACAUUUGUACCAUCCUGUUUGUCAAUGGAGCUAGAUGUAAAGCCAAGAUGUCAAGUCUUCAAUUUAUUUUGUUCUUUCUGCAUCCUGGCUUUCCUUACCAUUACUGUUCAUAGGGGGUUUGGUACAGUAGGUGAGGUCAGCCCGUGUUGGUUACCUGCAAAAUGAACUAAGACUACCUUGCUCAGGGUCUUUGCUUUGUGACCAAAGGUGGGGGUAAUUCACCUCCCCUUUUAUUUCUUUUCUUGUCUGUAAUUCCUUCUUACUACUGCUUAGCUAUUUCUUAGCAACUGCUUUUAGAGUAACCUUUAAAAAUAGCAUUUAUUUUGUAUUAGGGAUGUGUCAUCUGGAAUGUCUGUAGGUGUAAGGGGCAAACUACCCUUAAUUCUGUUACUUAUCUUGGCAAUCUGUGGCUUCUUUAAAACUCAAUCAAAUGCUGUCAUGUGAAUUGAAUGUAAUCUCAAAGUGGACUAGAUGAUUAAUUUCAUGGCAUGUUACUUUCAAAAUGCUGUCAUUUGAAUGGAAUGGAGGAGUGGUAGGUUUCUAUUACGUGGGGAAGAUGACUGGCCUUUAUCAAUAUCUAUAGUAUUUAAAUUACUUGCUGACCCUGAAUAUCCAGACUUUACUGAUGUUAUUGACAGGGACCAACCUUAUUGAGACUGGUCUUUCACCUUUUACUGAUGCUUGAUGCCCAAAUGGUCCUGCUGUAAUGUUAAAUUUGAAAAGUAUCGGGGUGGAUGAAGCGUGAAUGAUGACUUGGAAUAAUUUUAUUUUUUAAUUUAUGCGUGUGUGUGGUGCGUUGCAUGUCUUUAGAGGAAUCUGUAAUGCUAAGUAAAAAUAUAUUGGCUUACAUUGUGUUUAAUAUUGUUUGAUGGAGGUAUGCUUUUUUUGUUGUAGGUCUUAACUUUGUUGUGAUUCUUAAUUUAUUUUUGCAAUUACCACAAUUUUCUCAAAUAUUGAGUCAUAAUGCGUGAGUGUAUUUGAACCACAGCCAUUUUAAAAUGAAAAAUUCUUCCCCUGAAUGUCCAAUUGUACAGCAAAAGCGAGAAUUUUGUAGAGUCUUUGUUGGCUGAAUGGCAAACUGCAGGAGCUGUAAAUUUACCUUUGGACAUGUCUUUGACUAUGCAUUAACAACCCCAUUCCUACAAAGUGCAAGGCAUUUUUUAUUAUUUUAGUGAGGUGGAACAAUCCGGGGAAAAGGUGAGCUAGAGGUUGGAUCUGCUGGAGUUAAGGGCUUCAUUAUUCAUACUUAAUGAUUAUUAAUUCUUCACUUACUACUCCGAUUCACUCAAAUGCAGACUUAUUUUUCAUCCAAGCAGAAGUGUGAGAUUGUUUGCAUCCAUAACCUACACAAAAUCCUAGAUUAGGAAGAAAGCUAGCAGGACCAACCAGUUUCUAUGGGCUGUUUAUGGAAAAUCACCCAGUCACUGCUCUCAUCUUAAUACUGCUAUUUCUUGUAGGUCUGGAUUCCCAUGCUAGCCACAGUUUAAACAGAAGAAAGUACUAAUCAUUUAAAAGUCAUCAUAUUCCAUUUGUGGAAAUUACAAGCUAGUAUAAUCUACUUGUACCAUAGGGGCUGAGAUACUGACAGCAGUUCAUGGUCAAGAUUUGCAGUGAGCUCACUGUUCAUUUAAGCACCAUGUAUGUGUUGGAAAUGGUCUUACACCCACCCGCCCCUUAACCUUUUUGUUUAGAUGUGUGUGUGUGUGUGUGUGUGGGAGAUCUAGUUCUUUCACAGAACACACUUAUUAAUCAUGUCAGUAGCAGAUGCAUUUAGUCACUGAUGGUAGCCUUCACAAGCAUUACAAAAAUUAACUGGUGUCUUGUUGUUUUUCAAUACUUUCUUUUGUGAAUAUAGGAAUAAAAACCAACAGGGUCCUCCUGAGCAGUGUGUACAACACAAACAAUCUACACCAAAAUGGGUGAACUGCAGUUUUCAUGCAAGUGGACUGUAAUCUUUUCAGGUAUUACAUGAGUCAUUAAAUUAAAAUGGCUUCAACAUUUUUGUUUCAAUUAGAGACAUCCUUUUCUCUGCACUGCAACAUUUCCCUAGAUCCUUUAGUGCACAAAUGAAUUUACUGCACUAAUAACCUGUCAAUAUACCAGGCAAAAUAAGGCUUAAUAAACAAUGGGGGGUCACUAAAGUUGUAUAUUUUUUGUAUGUAUUUUCCAAAACUAUUUUAUUUUUCAUGGUUUAGAUUUGGAAGAAUUCCCCAUUAAUAGCACAUCUGGGCCUUUAAUUGCACUUCUAGAAAAAGAAUGCUUUCUUAAUUUGUAGCCAACUAUUUUAAACAAAUAAUUUAAAAGAUGUACUGAAUAUUUUUCUACGAUUUUUGAGGAAGUUACAUGCAGUUAUCAAAUUUGAUUUCUUUAUAAAAGUUUACGGUGGCUUAUGAGAAAACACCAUGAAGUUGGCUUUCAGACGUGUUUUGAGAGCACCAGUAGCUGACUUGACACCCCUGUUUUAGACCUCUGGUGGUUGAAUUGUUGUAUUGCAAGUUGGUUCUUGUUCCUUUUUAUCAUUUUAUUUCCAAUUAAAAAUGGCAAUGGUCUAGUGCACUAA